UAUACUAGAGUUGGGUGGUCAAAUAUAUCUAAGGGUGACAAGUGUGACAGUGUUUGGACGUGAAAUUACAACCAAGUCACGACAGUUCUGUCGUGCAUGUGGACUACAGCAUAUUGCACCUUUGGCAACCAUCAAGCCAACGUAGUCUUCCAAAAUGAUUGCAACCAUACAUACUCUGUACUACCAGGCUGGCCUGCAGAAAGGGUUUCAAACUCCACGGCCUCGAUGGAGAAAAUUGCAUUACUCACGAGCUCCUGGAAAGCUUUCCAGGAACUUGCUUGUGAGAUGUCAAGAGACAGAUAUUGAGUGGGUGGAGAGAGCCGCGAUCCAAAGAGAGGCAUGGAAGGAAGAAAGCCGCAAAUACAGGAGAGUAACCUUCACAUACGAUGACUGGGUGGCACACAGGAGCACCACUCGCUACAGCCGUCAUCUCGCUGGUAUUCUGGACUCUAGGAUCUUUCGUGGCCUUUUGCCAACCCUCACAGCUGUCAUGAUGGUUGCCACCUUUGUCUCAGUCUAUGAGACACUACGUGAGGCUGGCAUCCUCAUACCGCACGACUGGGUAGGGUUGACAGUGGAAGCCGGGCAGGCCUUCAAUCUGACAAGCUUUGCGCUGUCUCUGUUGCUGGUCUUCCGCACCAACGAGAGCUAUUCCAGAUGGCUCGAGGCAAGGAAGGCAUGGACCAAUAUUGUCACAAGAUCCAGAGACUUUGCACGCCAGGGCCUGUCCUGGCUGUCUGGGGACAAGCAGAGGGAGAGCAUGCUGGAGAGAUGGACCAUAGCAUUUAUCAAAUGCACCAUGGCACAUGUGCGGGAGGAGUGCGAUCUCCAGUCCCUGCUUGAGGAUGUGUUAGAGGCACACGAAUUGGAGCAGCUGAUGGCAGCGCAGCACAAGCCAAACUUUGUGCUGCACGUUCUGUCAGAGCUGGUGUGGGGCGCUAAUUUGAUGGAGGGCCAAGCUAUGCGGAUGGAUGAGGCGCUGACCGUCUUCGGGGAGCAGGUGGGCACAUGUGAACGGUUGUUGAAGACUCCAAUCCCGCUGAGCUACACAAGGCACACAUCGCGGUUCCUAGUGAUGUGGCUUGCUUUCCUGCCCUUCUCUCUCUGGGAUGCCUGCCACUGGGUCACCAUUCCAGCCUCAGGCAUCAUCGCGUUCCUGCUGCUCGGCAUCGAGGAGAUUGGAGUGCAAAUCGAGGAGCCUUUUGGAAUCCUUCCCCUUGGUGCGUGGAUUCUAUUCCAUACAAUAGAAGCGGAUUCCGUGAUAGACCCUCAAAGUUUUGACUGCACCAUCCAGCAAUCUGUAAAGGGUGCUUUGAGUUUGGCCUUGUUGCUGAGGAUGACUGGCUGUGCCCGCAGAGCUAUUCAGCGAUGUUGUUGUGGGCGAGAUCAGACAGAUGGGGCGCGACACGAGUGUGCAAGCUCUGGUGGAGGCAGGCCUGAAAGGGAGCGGUGCAAGCGCUAA